AUGACAUAUUACUAUCAAUCAAAUUCCAAGCGGUGUGGUACCAUCCUAGCCGUUCUCUUUGUCCUCUCCAUUUAUGCCAUGUUUGCCAUUGCCACCAUUGUUUUCAUUCUCGUUCAAUGUAUUUCUAUUGGAAACUCUGCUCAACAAUUUAACUUUAACAUUACCGAGUCAAUGUUUCAAUCAGCCCUAACAUGUGAAGAAAAAUGGUUUCUCAUCAAGGAAACUCAACAACCAAUCAGAACUUGUUACAUUCAGAGAACUUAUCAAGUCAAUUCGUCCCUCCUGAUUGGUGAUGAACAUUUGGUGAGUGUUUUUUACUCGAGUGCAGUACCAUUUGAUUUGUAUUAUUUCAAGGGAGUGGUGGCAUUUUCAUUGUUUAAUGCUAGUGGAGUUAUUGAUCCAUUUUCUGUGAAUUAUUUUCUAUCGACAAGAGUGAGAUCUGGUUUUAAACAAUUGGAUUUGUCAUUGAAGGAUGAUUUGGAGAUUCCUGUACCGUUUUUAAUACCUGGAAUGGAUUUGCCAUCGACAGAGGGUCUUCAAUUUGCUGUUCGAUUGUAUACUUUUAAUGAUAAUAGUACUACUAAUUAUGGAAAAUUUAAAAAUAAUUUACCUUCCAAAAAUAGUAGUUUGGAUACCAUUACAGAAUUGGAAUUAAAAGACAGAUAUGUGCCAUUAUCUGAAAUUACAUUCCCUCUCUCCAUUUCCCUUUCAUACUAUAUAGAAACAAGCUCAAUGGAGAAGAGUAUUUACAUUCUCGUCUCCAUUCUCUGUCUCUUCCUAUUAUUCCUCUUCACAUUAACUUGCAUGACAAGAUUUAAACGAUUGGUUUCUUCCAGUGGUGAAUUAAUUGAUUUUCUACCAAUUACCUUACAGAGAGUAUUCAGAAUUUAUAGUAAUAGAACAAAUGAUUUUGAUUUUUGGAUUCAAUUUAAUGAUUUGUCAUUUAAGAGUUUUGAGACAGCUGAAGAUUCACUCUCUUUGAAAACUAUAUUACAUCCUGUGAGUGGAGUUAUUCCUCCUGGAAGUUUUGUUGCCAUUAUGGGUGAAAGUGGAAGUGGUAAAACAACAUUUAUUAAUUGUCUAACCAAACGUAUAACAGGUGGUAUUUCCAAAGGUACUGUUUCCAUAUCAGGAUUUAAGGUAGAUUCUGAAUCAAUGAAGAGACUUUUUGCAGUUGUUCCACAAUCAGAUAUUAUCCAUCCAUUCAUGACACCAAAACAAUCUUUUUUGGUUAGUUCCAUGAUUAAAAAUGUUGGUGCAAGUCAUUCCAAGAUUGUCGAAACUGUUUUGGAAGUUUUACAAUUGGAACAACAUGCAAAUACUUUGAAUGAGAAAUUGAGUGGUGGUCAAAAGAAGAGAGUUAACAUUGGUUUGGAAUUGGUUACCAUUCCUAAAAUUCUCAUUUUGGAUGAACCUACUACUGGUCUAGAUGUUACCACAGCCAAUGAAUUAUGUCGCUCACUAAGAGAUUUUGCCACUUACAAGCAAAACAAAACUGUCAUGGCUGUCAUCCAUCAACCUUCCUUAACUGCCUUUAAUUGUUUCACACAUUUAAUGCUAUUCAAAGAAGGCAAAUUAUUAAGAUUCGACUCGCUUGACAGAAUCAAACAUGAAAUUGCCAGCAACCAUCAAUACUAUAUUAGUCCCGACAAUAUCUCCGCCGACCAAGUCAUGCAAUAUAUUUAUUCGAAACAUGAAAAGAAUCACUUUGUCCUUUCUCAAUAUUCAAGUCCACAUGCUGCCAAAAUCUAUCCUCAAUCAGUUUCUACCUUCCUCGUCCAAUCCCUUGCAAUCAUGUACAGAACUUUCAUUCAAAUGAGAAUUGAUUGGUUCUAUUUCAUUGUUGACAUUCUUUUGAAUGCAGUUGCAGGUUUAUUAAUUGGAAUUCUAUUUGUGAAUAAUAGAAAUCAUUUAUAUGUUGGAUCACCUAAUAAGGAUAUUGCUUUAAAUUGUCCAGUUGAAAAGAUGUUACAAUGCUCAUCACCACAAAUGGAUCAUAUUUCAUCAGUGACUAGUUUACUAGUUUUGGGAAUUAGUUUAACAUCUUCAAUGAGUGCUUUGAGAGUUUUUGGAAGAGAAAAGUUGAAUUUUGAUAGAGAAUCUCAAUCUGGUUUGAAUUCACUUGUUUAUUUUAUUGUAAAGGAUGUGUUGGCAUUCUCUCAGAUGGUUUUGGUUUCUUUAUCUUUUACUAGUUUGUUUUAUUUGAUGGUAUUGCCAAAUAUGGAUUUUGGAUUUUAUUUUGGAAUAUUACUAUGUUUAUCAAUUAUUAGUUUUCCAAUUGGAUAUAGUAUUUCAAUAAUAUUAAGAGAUGAAUUAACACAAAUUACAACAGCAGUUGUUAUAUUCCUGUUUUAUAUGUUUUCAGGAGCUUCUGUUAGUUUACCAUCACUCAGUGAUAUGAGUCAACCAUUUCCUUUAUUACCAUAUAUAUCCUAUAUUAGAUAUAUUAGGGAAAUUUUAUUUGUUUAUGAACUAAAUACCAAUGCAAAUGAUUAUUACAUUAAUAAGAGUUUAAAUCAAUUGGGUUAUUCAUGGAAUAACAAAUGGUUUUUAUUUAUCAUUUGUUCUGUAUUUGCAAUUGGUUUGAGAUGUAUUGCUUAUUUACUUUUAUGGCAAUCGAGACCUCAAUCAUUUACAAAGAGAAUUUCAAAUCUUUGUACUUCAUUGUGGAAGGUUAUGAAACAACCAUUCGAUUUGGUCAUUUCAAAAGUUAAGGAAUUAAUUAAGAAAAUGUUAAAAAAAAUGUGUUGCUGUUUUAAAUAAAUUUUAAAUUAUUUU